ACUGCCCGCGGCAAUCUAGGCUCCAGCUGCUUUUUCGCUCGUCGUCAAGGAAAAGCUCGUGUUGCUGCGCGCACCAUGUCUCGGCGGGUACUGGCUUUGAUGGCGGCCUCCUGGUCUUCGGCGCUCGCCACCGAGCUCGCCAACGCCUCGUCUUGCGUCUCCAACUCCGGGAGACCGUACGAUGAGGAGGAUUGCAAUUGGUACGGCAAGGGCCGCGGCUGUGUUUGGGUGGGCGGGGAGUGUAUGUGCCAGGGCGGUGGGUACUACUCGAAACGGCAGCGGACGUGCUGGCCAGGUUCAUCAAAAUCUCUGCCGACGCCGUCGCCCUCCCUGCCACCAGCGCCAGCGCAGGCGCCAGCAUUUCCGGUCGCCACCGAGCUCGCCAACGCCUCGUCUUGCGUCUCCAACUCCGGGAGACCGUACGAUGAGGAGGAUUGCAAUUUGUACGGCAAGGGCCGCGGCUGUGUUUGGGUGGGCGGGGAGUGUAUGUGCCAGGGCGGUGGGUACUACUCGAAACGGCAGCGGACGUGUCGGCCAGCAUCAUCAUCAUCAUCAUCAUUUUCGAAGCCGUCGCCCUCGCUGGCACCGUCGCCAGCGCCGGCGCCAGAAUUACCAGUCGCCACCGAGCUCGCCAACGCCUCUUCUUGCGUCUCCAACUCUGGUAGACCGUAUGAUGAGGAGGACUGCGAUUGGUACGGGAAGGACCGCGGCUGCGCUUGGGUGGACGGCGAGUGCAAGUGCCAGGGCGGUGGGUAUUAUUCAAAACGGCAGCGGACGUGUCGGCCAGCACCAUCAUCAUCCCUGUCGACGCCCUCGCCAGCGUCAUCGCCAGCGCCAGCGCCCCCAUCACUGGUGCAGGCACCGUCACCUUUGCGCGCCGUCCAGUUCGCCAAUGCCUCCUCUUGCGUGUCCAACCAUGGGAAGCCAUACGAUGAGGCCGACUGCGGUUGGUAUGGCAAGGACCGCGGUUGUGCUUGGAACGACGGCGAGUGCAAGUGCCAGGGCGAUGGCGGACUACUCGAAACGGCAGCGAACGUGCUGGCUGGCACCAUCGCCGGCGCCACCACCACCGCCAGCACCAUCACCACGGCCGAUGCCAUCAACGUCGCGAGCACCAUCGCCAGUGCCAGCGCCAUUGCCGGUGAGCGUGGACCACUUCACCCACCUCCUCAAGGUCUUCGAGUGGGUAUUGGGGAUCCUCGGCGCUGGCGCCACGGCGACAGCAGCCAUCAAGGGGCCCUGCAGCAGGGCCCGUAG